CAUCAUCAUCAUCAUCAUCUUCUUGCAACAUUUAUAUUUCCGAUAAGAAUGCUCUGAAACAUUAUCACAACAUUUCCAUUUUUGAUCUGUCAAGUCAAGCUAUGGGAGACGAAAGUAGCCAUUUGAGUUGCAGGCUACCAGUUAUCAAUUCCGAGUCAAAUUCCGAGUUACAAGAAUCGGAAGAAAUAGAUAAAGACAUACUGUGUCCAAUAUGCAUACAAAUUAUAAAAGAUGUGUUUCUAACGGCAUGUGGACAUAGCUUCUGCUACAUGUGUAUAACGACGCAUCUCCGUAAUAAGAGCGAUUGUCCUUGCUGCUCCAAAUUCCUCACUCCUGCUCAUCUCUAUCCCAAUUUUCUCCUCAAUAAGUUGUUGAUGAAGUCUUCCAAUCGUGAGAUAGCCAAAAUUGGCUCUCCAACAGAACAACUUCGUCGUGCACUAGAACAGGGAUGCGAAACAUCAGUGAAGGAUCUCAGCAGCUUAUUGUCUCUUAUAUCAGAGAAGAAAGAGAAAAUGGAGCAACAAGAAGCCGAGACAAAUCUCCAAAUACUGUUCGAAUUUAUGCUCUCUCUUAGAAAGAAAAAAGUUGAUGAGCUGAAUGAGAUACAGGAAGACCUUCACAGUAUAAAAGAGGAUAUUGAAGCUGUCGAGAGGCGUAGAUCAGAAUUGUGCCGAAUAAGGGACAUUUUCUCUGCCAAAAAGGAGUAUUGUGAGUCGACUCGUUUGAGUUCAGUUUAUGCGCAAAAUAUAAAAGCCAGUGAAAAAUCUUCUUCUUCAACUUAUUUAAAACUCGAGAAUGAUGAUUUUAGUGGCUCUGACACCCAAAAUCAUACUCAGUCUGGAAUUGUCGUGGCGAAAAAGAGACGAGUUCAUGCUCAGUUCAAUGACCUGCAAGAGUAUUACUUGCAAACAAGGCGAUAUUGGGCUAGUCAAACGAGUGAACACGAUUUACUUAGUCUUAACAGAGAAGGUCUCUCUGGAGGGCUUGAUGAGUUUAACUCUGUGCUCUCAUCUUUCACAAGAUAUGGUCGGCUACGGGUUGUUGCUGAAAUAAGACACGAAGAUUUGUUUCACUCGGCUAAUAAUAUCAUAUCAAGCAUUGAGUUCGACCGAGAUGCUGAAUUAUUCGCUACAGCUGGCGUAUCACGUCGCAUCAAGAUUUUCGAUUUUGCAACGGUACUUAAUGGAUCUGCGGAUGAGCAGUUCCCUAUUGCAGAAAUGUCGACACGAUCGAAACUAAGCUGUGUAAGCUGGAACAAAUAUACGAAAGAUCAAAUGGCUAGCAGUGACUAUGAAGGAAUAAUAACUGUUUGGGAUGUAAACACUCGGCAGGUUGGUUCGGCAAAUCAUCAUAUUCAUUACUUUGACUUGAGGAAAACCAAUCAGCCACUGAUAAGCUUCAGCGCCCAUAAGAAGGCCGUGUCUUACGUGAAAUUCAUGUCAAACACCGAACUUGCUUCUGCUUCUACAGACAACACUUUGCGCCUUUGGGAUGUUAAUGAUAAUCUUCCUGUACGCACAUAUAAGGGCCACACAAACGAGAAGAAUUUCGUGGGCCUAGCGGUAAACGAAGAAUACAUUGCAUGUGGGAGUGAGACAAAUGAAGUGUAUGUGUACCACAAGGCAAUUGCAAGGCCUGCUGUUCUGCAUAAAUUUGAUUCGGAAAUGGAAGAAGCAGAUGAUGACCCGAGCUCGUAUUUCAUCAGUGCCGUGUGUUGGAAAAGUCACAGCCCGACUAUUCUGACAGCCAACAGUCGAGGGACGAUAAAAGUUCUUGUCUUGGCUGCUUAGUUUUUGGAAAACUAAGUUGGUAAAGUUUGUUUGUGUGUGUUUUGUGAAAUAUUGUCAGUUGUGUUGUUGAUGCUACUAUACAGCUAUGAAACUAUCGACUAUCAACGACUAUCGUUGGUGUUUGGUUUAGAGUAUGUCGGACCUGAAACUGUUUGAUGUUUGGUUUAGAGUAUACUGUGUUGUUCUGUAUAGUUGGUUUUUGGAUUAGAGUAUGUUGUGUUGUUCUGUAGUUUUUAUGUUGGCCUGAUGUAUUAUGUUUAACAAUAUGCACAGUUUUAUUAAAAAAUGUCAUAAUUUCAAAAUUUAAUUGCAUAAAUAUA